AUGGAAAUCGACAUUCCUAUAGUGGCAUUUCCACCAUUUCAACUCCGUUCGAGUAUGAUCGAUAAAGACCCAGUGAUAUGGAGUCAUCUCCUUGAAGUUUACAUAGAGUUAUUUCAAAAGCUUAUCAUUUUGACUGACAAAAGAGACGCCCAAUUGUCGACACGAAGCAAACAGCAGCUUACAGCAUUUCUCAAAGGCUAUUUGUAUGAAUCCAGUGAGGAGGCCACAAAGGUCUUUUCCUUAGGAGCCAUCAAUCCUGAUAUAGUGGAGAGUCAGAGAAUAUUGAAGUUGGUAGUGUUCCAAUUUAUUAAGACGUUCCAUUUGGUGAACUUACAGUUGACAGGAUCUUCAGUUUGGGAUUUUUGCAAAGUUUAUGUGAAGUUGGCUGUUCAAAAUAUGUCCACCAAUCAAUCACUCAUUAACAUUAAUGUGGUGAGGAAGUUAGUAGAGGGAAGGAACGUUCAGGAUCAUGUGAUUAAACUUGUGGCGGAGAAGAAAUUUAAUCGAGCCGAUUUAGAGACAUUGUACGCUUUGCUUGGCCAAAGGAUUCAACCUAAAGGGUCGAAGAAUGCUAAUAAUCGUUAUUUUGGCAGAGUUAGUAAGGAACAUCAGCAAUCCUCUAACUUUGCUGUAAAGUUUGUUAAUAGUUACUGGAUUAACGAGAUCGAGAGAUUAUUCAAUAACGGUGAGUCCAUUCAUAGUGAGCAGUGUUUUCAGUUGAUGCUUGUUUCUAUAGUAAGUUUAGACAGUAGCAAGACGAUCGAUUUGAUCAGGAAGGAGUUGAAUGUUAAGUCAAUGAAUCAGUUACUCAAAGAUCAUCCAUUAUUGGCAAAGAUAAUUCUUUCUAAGAGAUAUCAGGAUAUUAAUCCUGAUAUAACCGGAAAGUUGGAGUAUCUUCAGAAACACAAAACUAAAACUAAUACUAAAACUAAGACGUUCGAUCUAGUCAAAAUUAAAGAGGUGCUAGAUUUCUUUCCACAACUUAAUGAAGCUCAGGUUAAAACAUUACUAGUUGAUAAUAAAGGAGAAGUUAGCUCGAUAGUAAACAAACUGUUAGAGAGUCCUGAUGAUAUUGGUUCUGUUAAAGAGUAUAUUGAAAAGCCCAGUAAUGUUGUUGAUUACAAAUUGAAGGGAAAAAACGUUGAAGUUCAAUUUGGUAAGAAACAGAAGAGUCGUGAGGAUUUAGAUCGCACCACUAAAGAAGAACUAAAGAAGAAGUCAUUGGUUAGAGCUUUGAAUAUGAUGUAUGAAUCUGACGAAGAUGAACCUGAUGAUACCUAUAUUGAUUCUGAGUUGACUGAAGGUCCUGCUAUAAAGAGAAGUAGUAAAAAAGGUCCUGCGAAGGAAAAUGCUCUUGAUAUGAAGCUUUUCCUCAUUUAUAAGAGCGAUCCAGAUCUAUUUGCCACCAGAAAUCGUCAUACGAACUACAGAGGUCAGUUGAAGAAGGAAUUUGGAUGGGUCGAUGAACAAAUUGAAGGCUGGGCUCGGAUGUUGGAAAGGAAUCCACAUAAGUAUAGGUUGUUGGAGCAACAACAGAUAGAAAGUGGAGGAUCGUUGAAUGAUAAGAAACUGAAGCCUAGAACAAAGUAUAGAAAGGGUGAAGGAGACGGAGACGGAGACGGAGACGGAGACGAAGACGAAGACUAUGAAAGUACUCGAAGAGUAUUCAAACCUCAUAAUCAGCAUCAGCAUCCACCUCCAGGUCCGCCAGAUACUCGUAAGCAGCAACGCGAUAAAUCGAAGAACAAGGCUAGUAGAGGAAACCAUAAUAGGAAGAAUGGCCACGACAAAAAGAUGAGUAAAUUAGCUUAA